AUGAAAGAAAAUCUAUCUAUCUAUCUAUCUAUCACACGACAUGUUAUUUCUCCUCUCAAAAGCAUAUUUAUCUUUUUCAAUCUUUGUCUGUCUAUAAAUCAUCGACUCAAAUUUCUCGUUUUUUUUUCAUAUCUAUCUAUCUAUUUAUCUAUCUAUCUAUCUAUUUAUCUAUCUAUCUAUCUAUCUAUCUAUCUAUCUAUCAAAGAAGAAGAAGAAGAUGAUGAUGAUGAUGAUGAUGAUGAUGAAGUGGUAAAUGGACGCUGUCGUCAUUUUUCAUCUCUAUACCGUCUUUAUUUCACCUUUCUAUUUUUACAUCUCUUUUUGUUUUUGACUUUCUACUCUUACUCUUUCUCGUCCUUCAUUUCCUUUGAUUUGUUUUACUCUCCUUCUUUCUUUCUUUCUGUUUGUCUUUCUUUCUUGCUUUCUUUGUCUUUGUCGUUUAUAUUUUUAUUAUUUAUUCUGUCUUUUUCACUUUAA